AUGGAGAUCGAAAUCCCAGCAAUUCACCCGGCGGUCGCCGUCAGAGCUCCCCGCGAGCCACUCGUUCUCAUCGAUGCACCGACGUAUCCACCCGAUGCCGGCGAAGUCAUUGUCAAGGUCGAAUGGACCUCAUCAACACCUUACCACCUGCACCAGGCCGACGGAGGAUUGCUGAUCGACAUGUUUCCCCGCAUUCUUGGCGACACCUUCGCAGGGACGGUGCUUAUGGUUGGCCCUGGCCCGCAUCAUGUCGAUCUCGAGGUUGGCGACAAAGUUCUGGGAUACUCAUUCCGCGACGUCAAGGAUGGCAAAGAGAAGGCUGCGCAGACACUCAUCACGGUUCCGACAUUUUUACUUGGUAAGAUGCCGCAAGGCUUGACCAUGCAGGAGGCCGUCACCGUUCCCGACAACAUUGUCACCGUUUUCCAGGCCGCUGUCAUGGAUCUCGGCCUGCCGCUGCCGUGGCCUAUUCCCGAAGGGUGGACCCCUCCGGAGGCCGACGCGCCGAUUUUGCUUUGGGGCGGGGCCGGGUCCGUGGGAAUGUACUCCAUCGAAGUCUUCCGGCAUUGGGGAUACAAGAACCUCGUCGUCGUCUCGAGCAAGAAACACCACGAGUAUUUGAAGUCCCUUGGCGCCACCGUCUGUUUCGAUUACCGAGACAAGCACGUGGUCGAUGAAAUUCGAGAGUACCUUGGGCCGCAAGGUGUGCCUUACGUGAUCGACUGCAUCGGACACUUGACGGGGUCAUUACGGCACAUCACAAAACUGGCGGACAAGGGCACCAAAGUUGCUGUGAUGCUGCCGGUGGUCAUCAGCGACCCGACAGAAAUUCAAGCACCUGUCUAUCAGAUGACGGAGCCAGCCGAAGGGCAGUGGAAGGAGGGAGUCAUUGUGAAGGGUGUUCGAACGCAUUUUUAUCUCAAGAAUCAACUCUUCAAAGACAAGAUGCAAUGCGAGAUCAUUCCGGCGUUACUCGAGCAGAAGGUCGUGCGGCCGAACCCUCAGAGGAUAGUGGAAGGCGAGACACUACUGGAAAGAGCACAGGAUGCGAUAGUGUUACUGAGAAACAAGGCAGUUAGUGGUGAGAGACUGGUCUGGCGAGUAUCUGAAGAUGAUGCGGUAGUUUAA